GCGCACGCUGAUGAUGUACGUCAUGACGUAGUAGGGUGCGUCAUAUCUAGCCGCGUGGAGCGAACCAGGAAGUAGCUCAGUGCCGGAAAAUGUUUACGUUUAGUUUAACCUUCAUUCGCCAUGGAGAAACACAGUACAACAAGGACAAGCUAUUGCAAGGCCAAGGUGUGGACACCGAACUAUCAGACACAGGUGUGCAGCAGGCUGAAGCCGUUGGUCGUUACCUAGCAGACGUCCCAUUUAACCAGGUGUUCGCCAGUAACCUUCAGCGGGCCGUGCAGACAGCUACACUUAUCAUGGCUCACAACACUUGCUCACCUGGCGUGGAGAUGCAGCAGGAGCCUUUGCUAAGAGAAAGGGGUUUCGGGGUCGCCGAAGGUCGUCCCAAAGAGGACAUGAAGAACAUGGCCAACGCUGCUGGUCGGUCGUGCCAAGACUACACGCCUCCAGGAGGGGAGACUCUGGAGCAGGUGAAGCUUCGAUUCCAAAAAUUCCUGAAGCUUCUUUUUGCGAAGAUGCAGGAUGUGCAGGGCUGGGGGUCGCCCACAGCCGCAUCAGAGGACACUCCCGCCGGCUCGACGCAGGUGGGCACGGGGGAGUCAUUUGCCCACGUGCUGGUGGUUAGCCACGGCGCCUUCAUCCGUGUGGCGAUGCGUCACUUCCUGGAUGAUCUGAAUUGCUCGCUGCCCGCCGCCUACAAGACGUCUCAGCUGCUGUCUCCGUGUCCAAACACGGGCAUCAGCCGCUUCGUCCUCACACUCCGUGCGUCCUCGUCUGGGCCCGUCCUACACGCCGCUCGCUGCAUUUUCGCCAACAGGAAGGACCACCUGGAAAUGCUCACGGCUGACGUCUAGCAUCGUCAGGAAGUGUUCCAGAUUCUCACAGGGUAAUAAUCAAUCAUCUAUUUAUUGAUCUGUCUCGCUCCAUUGCAAUCAAUGCAACAUGACCUCAUCUGUUGCAGUAGUUUGCAUGUAGUAGUACACCACAGUGCUAAUACUACAAUAAUGAACAAUACUGCGUACAUAAAUAGAAAAAGGAAACAUGAGACAAAAGGUCACUAUAAAACAUCUUUGGAUGUUUCACUCGUCUUUAUUAUCAUCAACAUAUAUAUUUUUUCAUUUCUAAUUUCCAAGUAAAAAUUAGCUGAUUCAUGGUGACUUAUUUGUACCUAUGUUUGUUUUCUUGUACUAACGAGCACAGACACGACAAAUACUCUCUAGGUUUGGGCAUCGAUGAGAACCGGGGCUUACAUUCGGAUUUUCACAGAAACGUCCAAAUUUUAUGAAGUCCAUUCCUAUUUUCGAUGCUCAGUUUGCCGGCCGGAAGAAAAAGAUGCCCCAGCUAACUGUUCAUGUCCAUAAACAGCGUGGAGCCGCUCUCCUAAAUCAUUAAUCCUCUAUCGCGGCAAAUAAACUGAAUUUCUUAAAUGUAGUAUUAUCACUGGAGGACUGUAAGACGAGGCUAGGACGGGCAGGACGGAGCUAAUGGCUUGAAUCAAGUGCUUGGUAUAAAGUUUGAGAAGUGAAGAUGGAAGCGCGUCACAGCAGAAACUAAGCAGAUAUUACCAGGAAAUGAAUACGUGCUUUAAUGAGAGUCAGAGAGAGCAUAAUAGAACAACUGUUGGUCUCCUCUGUUGCUGUUUAGCAGCCACUGCCAGGCUUUACGUAAAGGGAAGAAAGGUUGAUCCAUAAAUCAGUAUCAGUAUAUGAUCGAUACUCGAGUGGUUGAUCGAUAUUUUUAUUUUCUUAAAAUAAUUUUUUGCUGUUGUUUUACAAACUCUGGACUGAGAGCAAAAACCAAAGGAUUUAAAAGAGGUAUUUGUAGUUUUUACUUGUGUUUAGUUAUUGUGUACUAUUAAAGGGGAACUGCACUUUCUUUUGGGACUUUUGCUUAUCAUUUACAAUCUAUGUCAAACAAUUUUAAGUCGUAAAAUUUGGCAAGCACCAGGUGGCUAACAAUGCAGCUAAUGGGACUACACUAUUAUAACCAUAAAUCCCUCUAAAAAAAUACUCCCUUUACAUGUUUUGAUCUGAAUAUACAAGUAUUAGCGAUAUUGUUAUUAUAAGUGCUAACGCAGACGGUCUAUUUUUAGCGGCGCAUUGAUCACAGAGAGCUAACUAGUUUGUGGUGCUAUAUUGACAUACUGAGCCGGCGAGCUGCUGUAUCGCCUCUGAUUGGUGAAAGUUAAUUCUAGAUUAUAAAUCAUGCCUCUCACCUGGAUGCUAGAAGGAUGUGGACAUAAACCGAGAAGUUGGUCAACUUUGACAUCCAACUUAUACCCAGAGAUGGCGAGAAAGACAAGAAAAGACGCUUGUUUGCGGCACCUUUUUUUUUUAAACCUAUGUAAAGAUUAUGACUAAUCAUUCAUCUAAACGGGAAGAGAUAAACAUCCCAUGAGUCGGCAUCCCAGUAAGAGCAGACAUUGUACAGUAAGUGAUUGUUUGUAGUUUGUACAUCUUGUUCAGCACUUAGCAAUAUAGCGACAUGAAGCUUAGUGUUUGUUAAAAAGGAAAACCUAAUGUGAUGCGUCUAUGAAAUUAAUACACCGCCGUAUGCUUAAAAUGAGCAAAAUACGUAAAUAUGACUAGGUAAUAUGAAGGUGCUGUUACUACAGUACUGUACGUGUGUAUAUAAAACGACGAUGGAGGCCUUUGGAUGUUUGUUUUUUGUUUAAAGCACUUUAUAGACUGAAGAGAGCGACUCUUAUUGGGUGCAUUGUUAGCUGACUUUUGCUAAAGUGUCUUUACAAUUUAGAAUGCAAAAAACAGAAACACACAGUAUGUCCUACAGGCAAACUUGCACAAAAGUGAAGUUCCCCUUUAACUUUUGUUUUGCUCAAACAAUGUGAUAAAAAAAACAAGGUUCUAGUUCAAAUGUUGUCUAAGAGACAUAAUUAGGUUUUUUUUUUUUGUGUGUAGCGUGUGGUGGAGAGAUGGUGCUCAUCACAGGGACGAGGGAUGUCGUAAAUCAGGAAGUGUUUAGGCAUGAAGGAGGUAGGCGAGAGGAAGGAAGGGACUUGCCAUACUUUGGUUGAUGACCUUAUUGUACUGUACACUUUAACUGUAUAUAACACAUCUCCACAAUUACCCACAUCACACUUCAGGUGUGAGUAUUACAAGGAGUACUCACUAGUACCUACAUGGCAAGUACUACAAUACUGCUGUGUGUACAUGCAUCUGAAGAAUAUUCACUUGAACACAGCAGGUUUUUUUGUUUUUUUUUACCUUUCUGGGUUUAUUUUUGCUCCAACACUCAUUCAUUAUACUGUAUGUAUAAAUAGCAUAAAUAAAGAAUGUAUCUAAAUAAAUAAAUACUCUUCAUUGAA